AUGCGAUGGAUUGUGAUAAUCACUGCAAUAACCAGCGUGUUUGUCGCUUUACGGUCCACCAUUUUGCAGCAUGCUGACCAUUUUAUUUUAUCAGCACUGAAAAGAAGAACGGCAACGCCACUGCUUCGUAGUAGUAAUGGUGAUGAUGACAUUAUUGUUGAUGACUACUGCUUGACGUCUGUGGAUUGUGCCAUGAAUGGCGAAUGCAUCCGUCACUCCAAAGAUCGCCAAUCACCUGGCAAGUGUCAAUGUUUUGACGGAUGGAGAGGAACGACUUGUGAAGUAUUGGAUUUGUUGCCCAUUGCUCCUCAAACGGCUGGAUUGCAAUUGCCCAAUCAUGCAAGUUCGUGGGGAGGAUCAGUGGUGUAUGUGGAUGGAAAAUACCAUAUGUUUGCCUCGGAAAUUGUAAACGGAUGUGGUUUGGGCUAUUGGACAACUAAUUCCCAAGUGAUUCGCGCCGUCAGUGACCAUCCAAAUGGUCCAUAUGUGAAACAAGAAGUCAUUUUGCCAACCUUUUCACACGAUGCCAAUGUUCUACAAAGAGGUCCCAAUGGUGAAAUCGUCUUGUUUGUGACUGCCUUGCUAGGGGUGAAACCAGUAGAUUGCGACAACAAUGAUUCAUCAUCCUGGCAAUGGAACAAUGCAGUAGUCCCAAAUACGACGGCACCACCCAAAGACACCUACAUGUUGUGGGCAAAACAUCCAACAGGCCCUUGGAGUGAACCCGUAUUAGUAUUGAAUUCUACCAUUUGGAAUGAAGACUAUUGGGCCAAGAAUCAUCGGUUUGCUCAUUGCGAUGCCAACUUGAAUGGCAUAUUGAGGCACGAUGGGAGUUUCUUGGGACUCUGGAGAAAAUGCGAAACUCCUGACCUCUUGACGGUUCCUCAUACUCUGUAUGCCAGCGAUUGGAAGGACGCUAGUACCUAUCAACCUAGCAUUGAUCCGCUCUUUGUUUUAACGGGGUCUGGAGCAGAAGAUCCCAGCAACAUUUGGACUACCGAGACGAGCGAUGCUGGGGUGGCCUAUCACGCCAUUUUUCAUGACGAACAAGCAACACGAUGCAUGUUGGGAGAAUGUCCCAAUGUAGGACGACAUGCCUUUUCGAUGGACGGAAAGGCGUGGUCGUACAGCAAGGUCAAUGCGUACAAUGGGACUGUUUUGUUUCAGAAUGGGACAACAUGGACUGCCGAUACCCGUGCUCGUCCUCAUUUGAUUGUCCGAGACAAUCAACUGCUUGCUUUAUCGACUGGGUUGAAACCAACAAAAGAGUCGGGGUAUGUCUGGACUCUGGUGCAGCCUUUGCGACAUGAAACGGAAAUGAAGGAUGUCUAG